AUGCAACUCCAGUACACUUCCUUUGUUCUGGCUCUAGUGGCUUCCCUCGCCGGUGCUACUCCUACCCCUGAUGGCAAUGGCACCUUGGUCCAACGCGAUGCUCACUCUGGCAUUGCAACCGUCUACACUCAGCAAGGCGGAACUGGUGCUUGCGGCAUUGUCAACCCCGAUAGCGCUCGCAUUGCUGCAGUCGCUAAUGGAAAGGCUUAUUGCGGCCGUCAGAUCCAGAUGACCAACACUGGUGGCCACAAUGGUGUAGGCGGCAAAGGCAAGGUUAUCACCACUACCGUGCAAGAUGUUUGUCCUUCCUGCGAUGCCAACCAUGUCGAUCUCAGUGUCGGCAGUUGGGACGACCUUACUGACUCCUCUCCCUGGGGUGUUACCAACAUUGAGUGUGCUAUGAUUGAAACAGCUGGAGUUACUAGUAGUAUCACAACAUGUAUGUGUCUUCUGACAAAGAGCGAGGAACUUACGUCUAAGCAGGGAUGCGACGGGAGAUCGCGGAACUCCCACAAAAUCGUACUAUACAAGUUAUACAAUCUCGAUCUUGGCAGUCUCAACAUUAUCGAACAAUGGGCAGUCGGGUGGGUUUGA